GAUAACACCGACGAACCUCAUCCAUUGAUUAGUAGCGGUAAAGUGGAAUCGCCGGUCGCUUCCCCACCGGUACAAUGAGCAGUACUACAAUGUAGUUGGGUGCUCCCCGGGAUGCUAGUGGCGUCAUGUAUCUGACCUCCCAUUUAUCCGUAACUAUUCGACUUCGUUCUUUCUUAUCAAGUGCUUCUAAAAGGCGCCUCGUAAAUAGUGAUUUAACGUGAUUUGCAGAGCUCCGAAUUUACCAUUUCAUCAACUGGCCAAUUUGAAUUGGCAACUCCGGAGCUUACCUACCUACUCACUGCAUUGGAGCUCUUAUCAGUGCGGAGACCAACCCCCGGUACUACCGGAGCAUACCGUAACAACUGCCAACAUUAUGAGUAGCUCAAGAUCACAGUCAGAGGAGCUGGAUGACCAGCAUACAGACCCCUAUUUCGAUGCUGAAGAACAUGAUGAGGACGAAGAUGAAGACGCCGACUACAACGAUGAUAACGAUGAGGAGGAGGAUGAGGAUGAUGAACAAGAUGAGGACGAUAUGAACCAUGAUCUUUUUGACGAAGAUGACGAGUUCCACGAUGCGGACGAUGGAGGACUACAAUUUAUCGUACAGGUAGAAGGUGGCGAUGAGGGAGAAGGCGGUGAAGCCUCCGAAGAAGCAGCCGCAGAGCAAAGUGCUAUAGAACGCCGAGUCAUUAACCUCAUAGCAAACGUGGGUCGACGAGCUGGUCUGGUCUCACAACGGGAGCUUCUAAAUCUCCUACGAGGCCGCAACUUGGGCAUCAUACUGAAUAGCGAUGGAAAUGACGAUGAUGGUGACUUCGACAACUGGGGCCAUAGGCUAAGGAGACGCCGACAGCUGGAUCCAAACCGGUUUCCCAAAGUUCCGAGCGACAAGGGAAGAGAGCUGAUGAACUCUGGUACCUUUGGGGCUAAUGAUAUCUCAUCGCCCUUGAGAAAGAAGAAGCAGCUGGCAAGACGUAUACUCGACCGUGAACUUGGUAUAGGUGAUAGAUCAUACCGGGGGGUGAACCAAGGUGUGAUAGCACAGUCCAUGAUCCCUCGCACGGAUGCGGAUAUGAUCAUCUACUACGAUGAUAACGUCUACUCAGGCCAGUUCUCCGACGAUGGAAACUUCUUUUACGCCUGUGUUAAAGACUUCAAGGUUCGAAUGUAUGAUACGUCAAACCCGUACAACUGGAGGCAUUACAAGACCGUCGAGUUCCCAUUUGGAUCAUGGACCCUGACGGAUGCGUCCCUGAGUCCAGACAACAAGUGGUUGGCGUACACGUCUAUUCAAAGCAACGUUUGCUUAGCGCCUACAGAUCCGAACGACACAGGUGAUCCUUACACACUGAGCUUAUCGGAGUAUGGCGCGCGGCGAGGAACGUGGCGGGAUUCAUUUGGUAUAUGGUCUAUUCGCUUUUCGGGAGACGGUCGUGAGCUAGUAGCCGGGACCAACGCUCGCUCGAUCAUUGUAUACGAUAUCGAGUCGCGACGGGUCCUGCACCACAUCGAAGGCCAUGAAGACGACGUCAACGCUGUCUGUUUUGCGGACAAAUCGUCGCCGCACAUUCUAUACUCGGGCAGUGACGACACGACGAUCAAAGUGUGGGACAGGCGCAGCAUGGGCGAUGGUCGUGAGGCGGGGGCCUUCGUCGGCCAUAUCGAAGGGCUGACUUACAUGGACAGCAAGGACGACGGGCGGUACCUGCUAAGCAACGGUAAGGAUCAGAGCAUGAAGCUCUGGGAUCUGAAGAUGAUGUACACGUCGGCGCAGUUCAUCGAGAAGAACCCGCGUCAACAUGUGCCAUACAGCGACUUCGACUACCGCUGGAACAAGUUCGACGAGAACGACUGGUUCCCGCACCCGGAUGACAACUCCGUCGUCACGUUCCGCGGGCACAAGGUACUUCGCACCCUGAUCCGCUGCCACUUCUCGCCGCCGACCAGCACCGAUUCGCGCUACGUAUACUCGGGGUCCCACGACGGCAAGGUGUACAUCUGGAACCUCGACGCCACGCUAGCAGGUGUCAUCGACGUGCAGAAGACGACUUCCGCGGAGAAGUCCCUGUCCAGGAGGUAUCGCUCGUAUUACAAUAGACGGGGCUUGCCUGGCUGGACUACUGUCGUGCGAGAUGCUAGUUGGCAUCCCACUGCACCAUUCAUAGCAGCAUCUUCUUUGAACGGCUGGGAUCAUCAAUUGGGUACAGUUACACUACACGGUUAUAAUGAGGGUAACUUGGACGAAGGCUUCCCGGAGAUGGGCACCUCGUACGAUGAGAAGCUGCGGCGAGUAAGUGGUAACAGUGACGAAGAAGAUGACGAGGAGGAAGAGGAAGAAAGUGAUGGUUUGGGAAUAUGAUUGUGACUAAAAGCACAUUGGGUGUUCUGCAUUUUAGCAUUUGGAGCUUGCCUCGCGUAAGAGUCCGUCGACAUAUGAUGUAUGCGAAGCAUACCGGUAAGCAACAUAACGAGCGCAAAGGAGUUGGUUGGUGGACAGGCAUGUAGCUAAAUCAAUAUCCGAA